CAUAUUAAUAGAUACAGUCCUCGAUUAAUUCAAAUGUUUUCGAUUUUUGUACUAAAGGCUGAGGAGCUGUGGAUCUAGUUUCUAUAGAUACUUUUUCGAGGUGUGAUAUUGAAUUUCAGUUUUACAGAUUCAUAUUCACGUCAUUAACAUCCAAUGUCAAACCCAAAAUGUCAUGUUCACAACUGCAUCUGUACGGUAUCGGAUGAUUUUAAAUCAGUGGCUAAACGAGAAUAGAAAGCAAUGAAUUAUGGGUAUAAAGAAUUGAAAAGCCGAUUGUUCGACAAAGAAACCAACAGGCCAUUUAAGGUCUUUCUAAAACAAGAGGCCAGAAAAAAGAACCUGCUGGCGACAAUCCCUUUUGCAGUACUUGCUAUUAAGUCAAGAAGCUAAGCAAUUGAAACUGUGGCAGAAAUGAAGAGAGUAGCUAUUGUCGGAGCAGGUGCCGCUGGCAUAUGCAUGGGAAGAUAUCUUCGCAGUAACAGCAAAAUAACGAAUUUUGUUAUUUAUGAGCAGGCAAAAAAAAUUGGAGGAACUUGGAUAUAUGAUGAUAAUAUACCAAAUCCCAAGUAUGGAAGCAGCGGCUUCAAAGAGCUCAAGACUUCCUCAGAAAUCCAUUCAAGCAUGUAUCGAAAUCUUCGUACAAACUUACCAAAGCAGCUGAUGGAAUACCCAGAUUUCCCUUUUGCCGAGGACAAGAAGUCUUUUGUAAGGCAUUAUGAUAUAUUGGAGUACAUCAAUAACUAUGCUGAUGAGUUUGCCGUGAAAGAUCAUAUAAAGUUUAACAACAAAGUAUCAAACAUAACUCCGGUUGGCGAUGGAGACAAAAUUAAAUGGAAGGUCACUGCUGUAGACGAUAAUUCUGUUUCUGAAGAUGCAUACGACUCUGUUGUCAUAUGCAAUGGUCAUUUUGCCAAAGCAGACAUUCCAGAUAUACAAGGGAUAGAGAAUUUCAAGGGCUCUCUCCUACACAGCCAUCUGUAUCGGGUCCCUGACAGGUACAAGGAUAAGCGAGUGUUAGUUCUUGGUGGCAGCGCUUCGGCUAGAGACAUAGCAGUAGAGAUAUCACAAGUCGCUGACAGUGUAGUUUUAAGUCAUAGAAAUGAGGCUGGACAGUGCGACCUUCCACGAAAUGUAAGCGAGCAGCCAGCAAUGAGACGUAUAGAUACUAACGGGAAUGUGGUGUUGGCAGACGGUAAUAUUUGCAAGGUUGACGCAAUUGUCUUCUGUACGGGAUACCUAUAUGACAUGCCCUUUCUUGAUGCAAAGUGUGGCAUCGAAAUAAAAGAAAACAGAAUAUGCCAUCUAUAUAAACAAAUUUUCAACGUAAGAUACCCAUCAAUGGCAUUUGUAGGUGUGCCGAGUAUAGUUUGUCCGUUCCAGUUAUUCUCGAUGCAAGCAAGGUGGAUUUCCAAUGUUUUUGAUGGACAAGCAGUUCUACCCAGCACAGAAGUGAUGCUUAAAGAUUCAGAACACGAGUUUGAAGAUAAAGUAAAGCAAGGCAUACCGCCAAAGUACUUCCAUCGCCUCGAUAAAGGUACAAAUCUAGAGUAUUUUGACGUCAUUUCAAAUUCUGGCGAGGUUGAGCCACUAAAGACAGUGUUAGGAAAAAUGUUUCUGAAAGUAAAACAUGAAAGAGAAACCAAUUUACUGACAUACAGAGAAAAAGAAUAUGUGGUAGUAAGCGAUGAGGAUUUCGAGGUUACCGGCGGCUAGGGAAUCACCAAAUCAGUAGCAGCUGACCACAAGUCAGUAGAACAAACGUCCAAAUUUGUAAUAGAAGAAUGCUGCCAAUUUAAUUAAGCAAAUCACCAGUUAUUGCUCAUCGCUUAUUACGUUCAUUAAAAGUGAAGAAUCCGAUACAUUUCAAAUACCAGUACCUGUCUCUGGAUCUUUUAGCUGUCCCCUUCAGUGACACAAUACCAAGUUGCAUUAGUUUCUACUUUCUUAUUGUUUUGUCAAAUACUUUUCACAAAUUCAAAAAUUCCUAAACACUACUCAAGUUAAAAUGAAAUCAAAGCAGAAUUUUCUAAUUCUAACAAGAAUAAAACUAAGAGAUCACUAUUUUCACUGCAGAAAUACAGAAAAAUACUAUCAAAACACAAAUCAUACCACGAAAAAAUGACAAGAGAUUGAUGCAAUCGAAAUAUCAAGAAAGAAACUGGAAAAGAGCUGUAAUCGACUAUUUAAGAAAUUGUAGAUUCUUAAGAACAUUACAUUACGGUUACCUUGAAAACAAUAAGAAUUUCGUUGCAAUUUCUGUUCAGUACAGAAAUGCCGAUAUAGCUACAGUCCUGAUCACAGCAGUUAUAGACAAAAGCCUAUAAAAAAUGCUGGAAAGGCUAGAUGUAAAAUCCAAGAUGUAACCAUUUCCGUAUUGAAAACUCUGACAUACGAACUUUGUAGCAGAAAUAUCAACACUGAACUAGGGAGAGAGGGGACGAAAAGCUCUACACUUUAUGUCCAGGGAUAGUUGGAUCCCAGAUCCUUACUAAC